AAGUGGGCGGAGGGGUAGUUUCUUAUGUUUGUGCAUUUAGACUCGCAGCCUGGAAUUAGGAUCACUGACAGGAGCAGGAAUAGGACCUGGACGAGAAACACCACUAACAAACAGUCAUCAUGCUGAUUCUCAUCGGACUAUCAAUUCUCCACCUCGCCACCAUCAUCCUCCUGCUGGUGGCUACCAUUGACAAUGCCUGGUGGGUAACUGAAGGCAUGUCUACUGAUGUGUGGGCCCGGUGGAUCCUGCAGAACGGCGCAUGGAACUAUACUGACCUCCCAGAUCUGCCUAGCUACCCAUCAGAUUACCUCCAAGCGGUGCAGGCCACUUCUGUGCUUGCCUGUAUUUUCUCCAUCAUUGGCAUCUUUGUGUUUAUCGCCCAACUCUUCACCCUCCCCAAGGGACAGAGGUUCACCAUCUCCGGCGUCUUUCAAAUCCUGGCCUGCCUGUUCAUCAUGAUCGCGGCCUCCAUCUACACGGACCGCUUCCAUAUCAACGACAAGGGUAACUACGGUCACAGCUACAUCCUGGCGUGGAUCGCCUUCGGCUUGACGUUCAUCUCCUCCGUCGUUUACUUCGUGCUACGUAAGAAGUAGCACGCGGCGGGGCGGACAAUAGAUCACACUUGACCUGACGUGUUUGUUUGUUUGUUUGUUAGACAGAUCUUUCAGCUAAAUUCGUGUUGAUUUUUUUCCAUCAAAUUUAAGCUGCUAGUGUAAACACCUCAGACCUGUGGAUAUUCUCAUACACAUUCAACGUUUGGCUGAGUCUGCCUUCAGAUGGCGCUUCAGAUUUCCCUCUGAAGCAGGAGGCAGACUAAAUCAAUCACAGUUGUAUUUAAAUGUAUUUUCAGCCUGGAGUCGGACUUGCUUACGUCAGAGCACCUAAGCAUACUUUUGUUUAACCUGAACAGAGAAAAUCCUUUAUGUUUGUGUGAGGCAACGAUAAAUUAAGACGGUAACACUUUAUGAUGAGGGUACAAAUCAAAAUACAUAAUGAUCAGCUAAUGCAUGAGUCAGGAUCAUCAAGCAGGAACUGUUUAUGAGUUUUUUUUCCCCCUCUGCAAGCAAGUGAGUCACUAUUUAUAAGAGAUCAUUAAGUAUUUGACUGGCAGCAAUAUUAUAAUGUUUUGCAAAAUAAGAUCAAUAUAUAUUCCAGUGUAAAGAGUGAAAUCUGAGGUUAUUUUUUAAACGUACUUUUACAUUUAUGGAUAUGUAUGUUACAAUAAAAAAGGGUAUUUUGUUAUUUUCUUUAAUGUUUUUGCAUUAUAUUAUUGUUAGUUUAUCAAACGUUUUUUCUUCUCUAAUAUAAAGUUAUCGUCUUAGUUCUUAAAGCUAAACUAAAAUGAUCCAAAAAGGCUCACUGAAUUCUUUAAAGUCGCCUUAUGUCAAACAAUUGCGAUCCAAAAAUGUUCAUAGGAACAUUUAUGUUCCUAUGAACAUUUUAGAACCAUCCCACUUGUUUUCUGAUUGGAAAUCCAACUUAGAUGAGGAAACGCACCCGUUACAAGCUUUUCAUGCACUCAGCUGUGUUCAUCUAAAGGCAACUGUUUCAAUAAUGAAGCAUGAGACAUAAUGUGUAAAUAGGAGUUCUUUCCAGAAAGCUCUGUAUGUCUGAUGUUGUUUGUUUUUGAUACAUAAAUGACCAUUAUAGUGAUUUUUGAAAUAAUAAAACUUUUCAUUUUCAUCCA